ACAUGAUCAAAACAUUGAUUUUGACAGUUGUUGCAAAAUUGUCAAGACUAGCUGAACUUUGACAGACUUUCCUCUGAAAUAAGAUAAUAAACGCGAAUUUGAAUUGUCAAUUUUACACAGGAUUGAAAGUGAAGCAGUCAUGUCUGAAAAGAGUGUUUUGGCAAGCCUGGUUCACACUAUCAGCUCUCAUACAUCCGAUGUCAAUGGUGUUUGCUUCUCAAAAAGUGGCAAGUUAGCCACAUGUUCUGCCGACAAAACAGUUCGAGUUUGGGACACUGAGGACUAUAGCGAACUGCCUUGCUCACCAUUAUGUGGACACACUUACUACGUGCACUGUUGCACAUUUUCACCAUUCGGCACACAACUUGCUUCAUGUUCAACAGACGGCAAAGUGAUUAUAUGGGACUUGAAAACUGGAGAAAAGAAGUGUAUUUUUCAACAUGAGAGUAAAGCCCCAAUUCGUGUGUGCAAAUUCUCACCAAACUCAUCCAUGUUACUCUCUGGAGGAGAUGACAAUAAUCUUUGCUUGUGGAACCUGUCAACAGAGAGUCUGAUAGUGACCUACAAAGGGCAUGAGGGGACUGUAUUUGGCUUGGACUUUACCCCUGAUGGCCAUUAUAUUGUGUCUGGAAGCAGUGAUGGGGAUUUACAGGUCUGGGAUGCCAUGUUUGGCCAUGCGAAGGCUCUGUUACUAGAACUUGAAGGUCAUGACCUAGGGGUGAUGUGUUGUGAUUUCUCUCCUACAUACGGAACAGCAGGGUGUGGUGAGACGUCCAGCGGUAUGACCAAUUUUCUGCUGGCUACAUGCGGGAUGGACGACCUAGUCAAACUCUGGGAGUUCAAGGCAUUUGCAGGAGACACAAGAGUUCUACUCACAGAGAAAAUAGUGUUCAAAGGCCAUGAAGGAUCAGUUAUGGUCUGCAACUUCUCACUCAAUGGCAAGAUACUGGCCUCUGGAUCGAGUGACAAAACUGUGCGAUUAUGGGAUCCCAUCCAGGGUGUCCCUUUGCAUGUGAUAGAAGGUCAUACAAGGUAUGUGAUAAGUGUGGCGUUUUCAAGCGAUGGCCAGUAUUUGGCUUCAGGAUCCAACGACAAAUCUGUAAUGAUAUGGAAACUGCAAUCGGAGCAACAGAUCUUCACUGCAUUAGAAAAUGGUGAACCAGUCUGUGCAGAAUCGCCACAUCAGAGAGCAGGUCAGAAGGUUACAGUGACUGUUAACCUUCAGGAGAUGAGUGUGGACGAUGUUGCUCAGUGGAUCUCAGAGAUUGGACUACAACAGUAUUGUGAUACAUUCCGGAAACAAGAUAUAGAUGGGCAGGAACUAUCAACCUUGACCCAGGAGUGCCUCAAAAAUGCUCUGGGAAUAGAUUCUUUGGGACAUCGAAACAAGAUUCUCAGAUCGAGAGCUCAACUGCUUGAAUGUCCCAUCAUGCAACAGAAAACUGUCCAAGAUGAGGGUAUACCUGAUGAGUACUUGUGUCCCAUUACCAGGGAGAUUAUGAAGGACCCUGUCAUUUGCUCAGAUGGCUAUUCAUAUGAGCGUUCAGCGAUCACUAAUUGGAUGAGGAAUGACAAAGACCGAAGUCCGAUGACCAACUCUGUACUUGUUAACAAGGAGCUUACACCAAACAGAAGUCUGAGAACACUUAUACAGCGAUAUCUCAAUCCCUAGCAAAGUUUAACGCCUGAUAACUUUAAUGCUGUACUCAUGAGUCAUGAAUUAGAGGCUUAAAACAAAUAGAAGUCUUUGAAAUAUAUUGUUUAUUUUUGCUUUACUAAUCCAUUAAAUGGGCAGAGCCCAGCUACAUAUUUAAAUGUUACGAAAUAAAAGUAAAAAUACGACUUAAGUGGUUGGCGCAAAGUGUCCCUACUGAAUAAAACCAAUCAUCAACUAAAUGGAACUUUGUCUGUUACUUUUCAGAGGCUAAAUUAUUAGAUCAGAAUCUUUUGAUUGAUCCCAUCGGUUGAGACAUAACUGUGAUAUCUAAAUCCCUAGCAUUAUCUCGUGUGUGACACUUGUUUUCAUAAAAAUGUCUACAAUAUAAUUGAAGGGAGCUGUGCAAGAGAGAUAGAAUGAAUAUCUGACACUGAGCCCUCAGUAUGACUGCCUGGUCAGUCUGAUGGAUAUUUUUGUAAUCCUAGUGUUUUUCAGAACUGUUCACAUUCAUGUGUUUUAUGAUCAUCAGAUUUUUAAAAAUUUAGAUUUAUACAGAGAUAUUUGAAUCAAAAAUGUUGUUUUGUAAUUGAUUCAUAUUGUGCUCAUGAAACUUUCUAGUAUUCAAAUUCAUUACACUUCAUUACACUUUCUUGUUUCUAUAUCACUGCAUGAACAUCACAGCUCAACAUUCAGAUAUGUCCAUUAUGUUGAUUAUCAUCCCCAUAAAUAAGGAGAUAUAUUGUUUGUCUGUCAUGUUUAUCUGUUACAUAUCAUGUCUGCUCCAUAGCUCUUGAACCAGUUGAAGGAUUUUGAAAUUAUUACCCAUGAAUGUUCACUGUAUUGAAAAAUGUGCAGAGCAGAGCACAUGUUACAACCAGCUUGAUCAGAGGUCAAGGUCACACUUAAAGGUCAAAUGACUACCUUUUGUGUCUGACCAUAUCUCGUAAACGGAUUAAAGGAUUUAAAAUAACUUGCUACAAAUGUUCACCAUAUUGUGAUGAUGUGCAGAGGGCAUGUUACAGCUAGCUCUGUUCAAGAUCAAGGUCACAUGUAGAGGUCAAAGGUCAUUUGACUAUUAUAUGACCAUAUAUAGUGUCCACUCAGUAUCUCUUGAACCACUUGAAGGAUUUUGAAAUAACUUGCCACAAAUUUCCUUCAGAAAUAGUGCCCAUCUCACUAUUCAUUAAAAAUAAUGUUUGCUCCAUAAAUGUUUAACUCCAAGCAGAUUAAAAUAAAGAUCCCUAUGUCAAAUGUCAUGAAACUGAAUGAGACAACCAAAGGGGGAGACAUCUGUUUUGAUUGUUAUUACUAACACAUGCUUCUUGAAUCCUGAUGUUUUUCUGGGAAGAAUUGUUUCUUGAUAAUAUCUUUAUUUUACUAAAUUCACACAAAAAGUACCGUACAUAAAUUGACCAUAGGUUUAACAAAUUGAAUUCAUAAGUCAAAGAACCAUGAUGCAUUGCUUAAGCUUUCCCUAUUUAUCACCUUACAUCCAAGAGUAUAUUAGCGUAGAGUGCCAACCUGGCUAAAAUUCGGCUGCAGCACUAUCUUGGUUUAAAUUGUUGCAUAAAAAAUCUGCUCUAUACUGGACUAUUUUGAGGCAGGGCCUAAAAUUUUCAGCUCCUUUUUUAUUGGUUAAUUAUUCAAUUUUUAACCGAAAAGAGCUUUUUUUUAUUCAAGUAGUUGCUAAGGUAAAGAGAUCUUUUAUGUCACAGACUCUCAAAUAGCGCUUUUCUACGCAACAUGUGUCUGGUUAGAAGAGUUUGGUUACCUUGAGAACAAUUGAAUAACUAUCUGAAUGUAUGAAUCUGAUGAUUUAACCAUUGUACAUGAUAAGAGCACUCUAUUUUCAUAGAUGGCAGUACUAUUCAGCGAUGGUGAUUUAUUUUUUUAAUAUGAAUAAAAUAUAAAAGGUCUCCAAGACCAUUUUAACCCCGUGCAAAAUAAACAUGAAAUGUUCACGUAAUGAAACAAAACUUAUCAGCACAAAUCAGCACUUACCAGCUUAGAUGCUAAAGCACUUUUGCCAUUAUUUUUUUAAAGUUAAACAGCUUAAGAGAAAUCCAACAUUUCAUCUCCAUUUUCCAUAUUAUUUUUUUUAUCAAGUUUAUCCGAUCCAAUGAUAUAAUUUUCAUCAUUCCUAACAGAUUCUGUCACCGCCCAUGCUGGAAAAAAGAACAAAGAAUAUAUAUCAAUUUGAUAGAAUUUUCCAAAAUUCUCAAAUACAUGCCCUUUAGUGAAUACAUGCCCUUUUGUGUUUUUUGUUUGAUAGAAAUUGAUUAGUUACUCAGAAGUUUGGAUGUUGUCUGUUUUGGAAAGAAAUCAUUGUUGUUUGUUUAAACAUUUUUGCCAUUCUGAGCAUAUUUAUGUCCAUAUUGAUGUUGUUACUUUUGAUAAUCAUUUACAUUAUGGAGUAAAAAAAUUAUUUACUAUGUAAUUUUCUUUAUGAGAUGUUGUUUUAUCUUUAUUAAGAUAGGUCAAUGUUGAAUAUUUUAUCAACUAUUUUUUAAAUUUCUUCUUACAUAUGUUUCCAGAAUCAACAUGCAUUUGUAAAGUAAAGCAUAUAACUCCGGCUUUAAUAUGUAUCAAGUUAUGCCCCUUGUAGGACUGAAAAAAACAACGAAAAACAGACAAGCAUUGACUACCCUCCUCAGCUCUCGUGUUGCUUUAUUGUUGAAGUAUGCUAAGAACAGACUCAUAUAUGAUAGUUACUUCAUAAGUUGUUCAUCAAUUGUUUUUUCUGCUUUCUUAAUCGUGUGGUUGUUAUCAUGUGUUGUUAUUUUGUUACAUUUUGUUAUAUCUGUUCAAGUUCUUCUUUAAGAUAUUAUUAAGGUGCCAUCCUAUCAGUAAGUACACCAAAAAAAAUCAUUAGAUAUUGAAUAUUAGUCAUAAAUUUAAUCUAUUGAAUGUUUUACCAGUAAAAUCAAAUUAAUUUUGCAUAAAUUGAACUUUCCAAACAGAUAUUAUAACAUUUUAGAAAUAUUAAUUUGAAAAAAGCAAAUUUUGUGUGAUAGGAUGAUAAGAUGUCACCUUAAUCUUUAGUGCUGCUUUUACUAAAAAUCAGAGAAUUUAUCAUAUUCAAAUAUAAUUUAUAAUAAAUAUGAACAAACUUCUUGUUACAAAAGAAAAUACCAGAGACUUAUAGCCACAACGCACAAUUAUUUCGGACUUAUAUUUAAAGGAAUGAACAAGAAAACUACCAAUUUUUGUCAAUGGAGAUUAGUAAAAACAUUUUCAAGUUGAUAAAUCAAUUUAAUUUCAUCCCAUAAACAAAUAUAACAUACAAUAAACUAGAAUUCUGUGGGUUGAAUGGGAUGCCUGUUUGAGUGUCCAUCAUGGUGAACCCAAUUUAAUACAAAUUAAGAUGUAAAAUGGCUCACGUCACAACUAUUCAUAAUCAAUACACAUAUUUGAUAAUCCUAUGUUUGGGACCGUGAGAUCAUGCGUCUUUAAUAACUUAAGCAGAAAAACUUUUGCUAGUAAAGAUAACCUUGAUCUUUGACCUACUGACUCCAAAACCAAUAGAGGUCAUUCACUGACCAUGACCAAUUUUCAUAUAAAGUUUGAGGAAUCUAUA